AUGGAUCUAAACCCAGAACCGCCGAUUAAAAACGGUGUUUUCCACUGGCAAGUUUUUUUUGACAUUACUAUUAAUGGAACUCCAGCUGGGAGAAUUGUCAUUGGGGUAAGCUGAGGCCUUUAACACACAUUUAGCAGUGUUUUUAUAAUAAUAUUAUUACAGCCAUUUAAUUUUAGCUCCGUCCAGAUAUAGUUCCAAAAACGGCCGAGAACUUUCGAGCAUUAUGUACAGGAGAGAAAGGAGUGGGCAAAUCGGGAAGAAGAUUACACUUCAAAGGAUCAGUCUUUCACAGAAUCAUUCCCGGAUUCAUGUUACAGGUAUUUUUUAAUUACAAUUAGAAUUUUGAUGACUAAGAAAUGAUUUCGUAUUAUAAUUUAGGGUGGAGACUUUACUCGAGGCAAUGGAACGGGAGGCGAAAGUAUAUACGGGGAAAAGGUGGGUUUUUAUUAAACCUUUUUUACCUUUCUAUUAUACCUCCAACAAUCCUCUUUUUUUAGUUCGAGGAUGAGAAUUUCAACUUGAUCCAUACUGGUCCCGGGAUAUUAUCGAUGGCGAAUGCUGGGCCUAACACAAAUGGAUCUCAAUUUUUCAUUUGUUGCGACAAGACUGACUGGCUGGACAAGAAGCACGUUGUAUUUGGCGAAGUUCUCGAUGGAAUGGAGGUAGUCAGAGAAGUUGAGAAGAAGGUAAGUGAUGUGAAUUGUGUAAUAUCAGUCUGUCGGGAAAAUAACGGCGGAUCGUCGCAGAAAAAUGUCUCGCCUCGCCUCUAUCGCGCGACAAAUCUUCAGCUUCGGCAGCCGUCGCAAAGCGAUGACGGGCGAUUCCUAGGCGCGAUGAUCCGCCGUUAUUUUUCCGACAGACUGAUAAUAAUAGAUAGUGCGACAUAUUACAUCUGUCCAUUUUUUUAUUUUGCAGGGUUCUCAGAGUGGGAAACCAAGUGCUGUGGUUGCUAUUGCGGAUUGUGGGCAGCUGAUGUGA